AUGCGCCGAGAAACAAGUCCACCACCAACGCUCCCUCCACCUGGCCCAGACGGCUACUACUACCUUCCUAGCGGGACUAUCCCGCUAGGAAUGAUCCAAGGAUGGUAUUACCUUCCGUUCCAUCUUACGCCCUUACAAAUGGGGUUUGACGCCGUCCUUCUGGUGUUGAGUAUGGUCAACAUGGGAUUGGGGUUCUUGUUCUGGAAAUGCUCGAGGAAGGUCCCGUGGACACCGGCUAAAUGGCUGAUUUUGAACAUGGUCUUUAUAGACUGGUUACAGACCAUCUUCAAUACCUUCUGGCUACAAGCUCCCACCAUCUUUAUUGGACAUCAUCUCGCAGGCCGCAUAAUGUGCCAGGUCAUGGGCUUCGUAAGCACUGUCUGGGGUGCCGCCAGCCAACAAGCCGUCUUCCUGUUCACUCUCGAACGAUACAUUACCAUCGUUCAUGGGUUCUCAUUCACUUUCAAGCAUGUCCGAAUGGCCAUCAUCAAUGUAUGGUUUUCGGCCAUUAUUCUGGGUAUUUUUCCGUUUGCGGCGCAGAGACAUGCCGCUGUGGCUCCUAGUGGGUUGUAUUGUAAUCCACCAUGGAGCAAUGGCGGGGAUUGGGUCGGGAUUUUUAUAGGAGUGUGCGGUGUCGGGUUCAUUGGAAUGAACAUGGUCGGCGUCGUAUGGAUGUAUACAAGAAUUUACGCCAAGUUUCAAUCUACCAGCAAAGAAGUUGCAGCAGCGAUGCGGGACACAUUAUCCCACACUAAAUCGUACAAGUCCGCCGAAGCCACGGAUGAUGAUGCUUCUUUUCCACGAUGUGCAUCGUCCCUCCCACCCCCAACCCUCACAUCAACGGCACCGUCUACAAGCGGAAUCGUGCAUCCCACCCGAUCCGUCAUGGGCGCUCAGCUAGACCGAUCCACCGAAACCCGAGAUUUAUCCUUCCGCCUCGCCAUGCAAUCUUUCAUCAUUAUCAUAACAUAUUUCUUGUCCAUGUCCCCCAUGUGGAUAUCGAUAGGCAUCCAUCUAUUUACGCAGAUGCCGCCGCCUGCUUGGUGGGAUUAUGUCGCGAUCACAUCAGCGCAUUUAUACGCGGUUAUGAACCCGGUGCUUUUCCUGACUUUGAACAAGCACUGGACUGUAGCGAGGACAGAGGUCCUGAUGGAGUGGAGGGGGUGGAUCAGAAAGGUGGCUGGGCGUUCGAGGGAUGAAGCGUAG